CCCCAGCCAUCAGUGGUUCAUCAGCAGCAUGAACAGACUGAUAGAGGUCAGAGGUGACCAGACUCCCACACAGGUCUCCAAGUCUCUAUUCAACAUCAUACAGACAGGAUGUAGUGAUCCUGACCCCUCCAGUGAGAUGCUGAGGGAAUGGGUAGUACAGACCUACCUAACCUUUAUACACAGACCAACAUUGCCACGGCUCUUGCUCUCUGUUGCUGUCUGGGUGAUUGGUGAAUAUUCUCACAGUGUAGCAGACUUUGAUGCCGCGUCAGCGUGUGAUGGUUUUAUAAAACACUACCAGUUGCCAUCAACAGAGGAGGGAUCAAGGCACUAUAUUAUCUCCAGUCUGCGCAAACUCUUCCUGAAUGACCAGAUCUCCACAUCAGAGCUUCAGAGUUUUGUUAACAUAUUAGAGAGCUCCACAAAGGGACAUAAUCUCCAGCAGCGGAUUCUAGAAUUAAAGAUGCUUGCAAAUGUUGAAACUAAAUUUAAAGACCGUCUGAGGACGAGGAGUGAAACCAGUGGGCAGAUGAUGGACUUCACGCUGUCUUUCCUGGACGAUUAUGUCACUGAGGCUCUAGAAAGGGGAUCUCUGGUGUACAAACCUCGACAGAUUCGAUUCUCUGAGAUGAAAAAAACAUCAGAUGUGAAGUCAAUAUUGGAUGAGAUCAAUUACGACAGGUACAGCAGCUCUGUGGGCAGUCUAGGGACAGGUAACUCCGGGGAGGCAGGAAAUGGACAGCCACUAGAGGGCAGCACUGACUCUGUGCACUCGGGAAGUGGGAAGAUUGAAAACAGGACCACUGGUCUCAACCUAAGCGGUGUGAAGAAGGUGUGGGGGAGGGGAGGAGUCACCCAGUCUGAUACCCCACCGUUGGGGAGAAUCACAGAUGUCAGGCCAGGAGAUCGGGACACACUAGAACAAUACCAACAACCCCCUGGGAAGCAUCAAAUGGAUGAGGAGAGACGGAGAAAAGAGGACUUGGCAGCAGCGUUGUUCAGUGGUGUCAGCGGUACUACUUCAUUUUCCGCUAUGGUAAGUGGAUGUGAGGACCCUAAAGGAUGUGCUGGACACGUCACUCCAAGCGAACCAGCGUCCAUUGGUUUAGGCCUGGCUGAAAGACAACCGAAACUAGCAGACAUUUUGGUUAAACAAAAACCAACUGAUGGUCAUGACUGGCGGAAAUUUAAGAAACAAGAGGAAAACUCUAGUGGAAUGCCAAACCAGUUUGACCAUUUAAACCCUGACUUGGAAGUUAAAGCAUUGUCAGAAACAUCCACAAAUUUAUCAUCGGAAAAUUUCAUGAACAGCCUCUUGGUCUCAAGUUCAGAAACAGUUACCACUCUCCAUAGUGGAGGAUCAGAAUCCCAGCCAUCACAGGAAGAGCACAGCACAGACGACAACCAGGUCCCAGGAAUGUACUCUGUGGAAAGUCCCACACCUGUGGAGAGCCAGAGUUCACUGUAUGACCUUUUGAGGUCAGAGUUGACAGAGGAGGAGUUACAACAACAACAAGUAGAAGAGCCACAUGAUCAAUCUUGAAGCUUCUAGUCAAA